CUUCCGAGGGCCCCGAAAACAAUUUAAGAUGGCGGCGGCGGCGGCGCGGAAAACAAUGGGGCCGGGGCGGAGGGCACAGGCCUCGGCCUGAGGUGGGCAGUGAGCGCCGGCCCGGGUUGAGCCCGUCGGGGCCAGAGGGAGACUCGCCGCCGCGCACAGGGCCGCUCCAACGCCCGUGGGACCAUGGCGCGGCCGUGAGGCGGACGGACCGCCGGCGGGGAGCGGAGCCCGCAGUGCCAGCCGGCCCCGAGAGGCCCGGCGAGUGCAGCCCGCGGCCCAUGGUGCUGCCCACCUGCCCCAUGGCGGAGUUCGCGCUGCCGCGGCACAGCGCGGUCAUGGAGCGCCUCCGCCGGCGCAUCGAGCUGUGCCGGCGCCACCACAGCACCUGCGAGGCCCGCUACGAGGCCGUGUCUCCCGAGCGCCUGGAGCUGGAGCGCCAACACACCUUCGCCCUGCACCAGCGCUGCAUCCAGGCCAAGGCCAAGCGCGCCGGCAAGCACCGGCAGCCGCCCGCCCCGACCGCGGCCCCGGCCCCGACGCCGGCCCCGGUCCCGGCCCCGGCGCCCGCCGCCGCCCCGCGCCUCGACGCCGCCGACGGCCCCGAGCACGGCCGCCCCGUCGCGCUUCUCCAUGAUACAGUGAAGAGGAAUCUUGAUAGUGCCACGUCCCCUCAGAAUGGUGACCAGCAGAAUGGCUACGGGGACCUCUUUGCUGGACACAAGAAGACCCGUCGGGAAGCUCCCCUGGGGGUAGCUGUCUCUUCCAACGGCCUGCCCCCCGCCUCCCCCCUCGGCCAGCCGGACAAGCCCGGAGCGGAGGUCCUGCAGGCCAGCGGGAAGCACUCCCUGGGGCUGGACUCCCUCACCAAGAAGUGUCUGGUAGACGCGAACCUCCACCUGAAUGGAGGCAGCAACCCCGGUGAGCCGUUUGCUCUGAGCCUGAGUAAAGAACUGAAGCAGGAGCCUGUAGACGACCUGCCCUGUAUGAUCGCGGGCGCUGGGGGCUCCAUUUCGCAAAGCAACCUCAUGCCCGACCUCAACCUCAAUGAGCAGGAGUGGAAGGAGCUCAUCGAGGAGCUCAACAGGUCAGUGCCUGAUGAAGACAUGAAGGACCUGUUCACUGAGGACUUUGAAGAGAAGAAGGACUCAGAGCCUCCAGGCUCUGCCACGCAGACACCCCUGGCGCAGGACAUCAACAUCAAGACAGAGUUCUCUCCGGCAGCCUUCGAGCAGGAACAGCUGGGCUCUCCUCAAGUGAGGGCAGGGUCUGCGGGACAGACCUUCAUGGGGCCAUCAUCGGGCUCUGCCAGCACAGAUUCGCCUACGCUAGGGGGCACCCAGCCUCUGUUCCUCACCUCUGGCCAGCCCAGGGCCGAUGCUCCCAGCCCCAGCCUGAUGCCGGCAUCAGCCCAGGCUCAGAACACACAGAGAGUCCUCUCCAGCGUGGUGUUGCCGAGUCAGGGCCCGGGUGGGGCAGAGCUGUCCUCUGCCCACCAGCUCCAGCAGAUCGCUGCCAAGCAGAAGCGUGAGCAGAUGCUGCAGAACCCCCAACAGGCGCCCCCGGCAGCGGCCCCUGGCCCGCUUUCCACGUGGCAGCCCACAGGCCCCUCCCACAGCCCCAUAAACGUCUCAUACUCCAUGGAGAAGCCAGCCAGCCCUCCUGGCUACAAGCAAGACUUUACCAGCUCCAAAUUGCUCAUGAUGCCUGGCGUGAACAAGAGCUCCCCUCGGCCCGGAGGCCCCUACCUCCAGCCCAGCCAUGUGAACCUGCUAACUCACCAGCCGCCCAGUAACUUGAAUCAGAGCUCUGUGCCCAAUCAGGGGUCAGUGCUGGACUAUGGCAAUACCAAGCCCCUCUCUCAUUACAAAGCAGAUUGUGGGCAAGGUGGCCCAGGGACUGGCCAGAACAAGACAGCCCUCAUGGCUUAUCUUCCCCAACAGCUACCCCAUCUGAGCAAUGAGCAGAACCCCUUGUUUUUAAUGAAACCAAAGCCAGGAACUAUGCCCUUCCGACCUGGCCUAGUCCAGCCUAGCCAGGAGCAGAACCCUCCCAGCAUCCCUGUGCCAGCUCAGGCCCCCAGUGUGGGGACCCAGCCCCCUGCUGCAUCGGCAGCCAGCACCCACAGCAGCACCCCCUAUCUCAGCAGCCAGCAGCAGGCGGCUGUGAUGAAGCAGCACCAGCUGCUUUUGGACCAACAGAAGCAGAGGGAGCAGCAGCAAAAGCACCUGCAGCAGCAGCAGCAGCAGUUCCUACAGAGACAGCAGCACCUUCUGGCAGAGCAGGAGAAGCAGCAGUUCCAGCGACACUUGACCCGCCCGCCACCCCAAUACCAAGAUCCGGCCCAGAGCACCUUCCCCCAGCAGGUUGGACAGUUCACAGGGUCCUCCGCGGCUGUGCCUGGUAUGAACAGCUUGGGUCCCUCCAACCCCAGCUGCCCCCGCGUGUUCUCCCAGCCCGGAAAUCUGAUGCCAAUGGGCCCUGGACACACGUCGGUCUCCUCCCUCCCCUCUAACUCAGGCCAGCAGGACCGGGCUGUUGCCCAGUUCUCCAGCUCCCAGAGCCUGCCGCAGAGCAGCCUGUACGGCAUGGCCUCUGGCAUGUCACACAUGGUCACCCAGCCACCGCCACAGGCCACCAAUGGACACGCCCACCUGCCCCGGCAGCCCGGCGUGGGCCAGAACACCUCGGUGUCAGCUGCAUACGGGCAAAACUCUCUGGGGAGCUCAGGCCUCCCCCAGCAGCACAGUAAGGGGACCUUGAACUCUGCUUUAACUAAGCCGCAGGUCUCCAGGGUGUCAGCGGCCAUGGGAGGCCAGAAUUCCUCCUGGCAGCAUCAGGGAAUGCCAGGCCUCAGUGGCCAGGCCCCCGGGAACGGCACAGGCAGUCCCUUCACAGCCGCGUCCAGCUUCCACAUGCAGCAGGCCCACCUGAAGAUGUCCAGCCCGCAGUUCUCCCAGGCCAUGCCCAGCCGGCCCCUGGCCCCCCUGAGCUCAGCGGCCGCGGCAGGGUCCAUGCUGCCCCCUGUGAGCGCACAGCAGAGGACCAGUGCCCCCACCCCAGCACCUCCCCAAGGAGCCCCCCAGCAGGGCCUGCCAGCCCUGACCCCAGCAGGGCCUGAGCUGGGGGCCUUCAGCCAGAGUCCCACCCCGCCCAUGGGUGGCCGUGCAGGUCUGCACUGCGCCCAGGCCUACCCAGUGCGGACCACGAGCCAGGAGCUGCCCUUUGCCUACAGCGGGCAGCCGGGCAGCAGCGGACUGUCCAGUAUGGCCGGGGACACCGACCUGAUCGACUCCCUGCUGAAGAACAGGACUUCCGAAGAGUGGAUGAGUGACCUGGACGAUCUUCUCGGGCCCCAGUGAGGGCUGGGCGUGUGGUGUGCUCAGUGUUGAGCGAUCUGUACUUUUGUUGUGAGAUUCAAGCAAGAGCAACUACUUUGGACCAAAAGGCCAGGCCUAGAUGGCCAGGCAGGGGCAAGUCAAGACCUUCUGGGGCCGAGGCUUCAAGCCAGCAGUUGUGGUCUGUUGGGCUGGUCCCAGCCCAUCUGCUGCCGUUUUUACCCGGUGUUGAGACAGCAGGACAGGGUUCUGCAGGUGGUUUUCUAUCCAAAUGACCAAAAAACAAAAACCAACAGUGACGACAAUGAAACCCCAAAUGUCAGGCCUAUAAAAAUCUGUGCCAUCACAUCAACUUAACCCAGGAUUUCUCUGCCCCUGCCCCUGCCCCUACAGGGGGUGGGGGGCACACUUUGUUGAAACUUUAUAUAGCAGAACUAUUUGCAAUGUGUAGUGUAGAAAAUUUUAAUUUUUUCUUUUCAUAAAAAGAAAAGCUUUUAAAACAGAUUAGAAUAGGCUGUGGCUUAAAUUGAUGAAGUGGCAUCAGAAACUGAGAGCCUUUUUUUUUUUCUUUUAUCCCUGCUUUGUCAGCUUUCAGGGGGAGCAAUUGGGUCCCUGGGGAGGUUCUGCAAGUGCCAAACAGGAGCAAGAUGCCAGGAGAGAGCGGGUGCAGACGUGGUCUCUAGCCACUCUCCUUCCUCCCAGCUUGGCAUUUGCAUGGCCCUGAGGAAUCCCUUGCUUCUGUGCGUGGGUGGCUGGACCCCACACAGUGCUCAGGCAAACGCUGCUGUGGAAUUUCCAGGACUUGAGAGUCUUCUUCUGCUGUGACUUUCCACCUCCUGCAAUCAGCGUGUCAGCAGGUGACUUGUCUGAGCUGUGCACAGCUCUCUCCCCGUCACACCUGCUUCUGCUUCGUUUCCCACAACCUACCUUCCAGCCUCUAAGGCCAAGGUCUGCUACAUCACAAGGGGGAACACCCUAGUGCUGGAGGGAGGCAGGGAGAGGCAGUAUGCACUGUGAGUCAGGGAGGCUGCAGGCUGGGCCCAGAAGAGGGAACUCCACUUUGUUCUUCGUACUUCUGCCCGCCCACCCCCUCAUCAAGACGCCUUUGCACUUUUUUAAGGAGGAUCGCUUUAUAACACUAAUACAUCCCUUCUCAAGAUUGGAGUGGAUUUCUCUUAAGGUCUGUGAACUAGCAGGUUUGAAAGGCGGGAGCACUUCCAGAGGGCAGCAGGAUGGUGAGUGCAGGAAACAGUACCACAUGGAGAAACCACAGCCCGUUCUUAUUUCCCGGGAGUCUCCAAGGGAGCCCUACAUAAAAACCUGAGCCGAGGAGGAUCUUCCCCCCAGCAGUCUGCUGGCUCUGAAGGGGUGAAGGGUUGCCCAUGACUGGUAAUGAUUUUACACCAGCAGUGCCUUUCCUGGGGGUCCUUAGGCCCUCAGAUCCUCUUCUCUGAUAGCCAUUGGCCACCACUGCAGGUGGUGUUUGGGCCAUUUCCCCUUUAGACAACCCCCCACCCCAGCUUUCCCUGGAUGCUGAAAGAAGGGAAUGAAUCAUGAAGCCAGCAAAGACACCUCCCCCCCUUGAGUUCCCCCAUCUGAAGGGGAAGAGGGCAACUUAAGCAGGUUUUCUACCAAAAACAAUGGGCUGAAGGCUGGCUGCUGCCGGACCCUCUGCUGGCCACGCCCACCUGUCCCGGGGCCCUAGCCUGCCUUCCAGGGGCCCACCCUGCCUUUGUCCUGGGGCUACCUUAGACCACAGGCUUCACACCUGCUGCCCUGUCAGAGCAAUAAAAUGUGAUGUUGGGGUCCCCCCUCACCCCAGGGGCUGCCCGUGGCUUUAUUUAUGAGCCCCGGUUGGGGUGGCCAGGGGAGAUGCCAACUCCAGCCAGAUCCCCCAUCUUCCAGGAGCCGUGACUCAAAAGGAAAGGGUGCUCGGACUUGUGUUAUACACACACGCUUUGUGUAAAUAAAUGUUUACAAUUUUAUAUGAAAGAUGGAAUAAGCGUUAGAGCUUCUGACUGUAUAUUUUUUACUUUUAUAGAUUUUAAAAACUAUGGUCCUUUAUAUAUAUGUGUUGGGGGGGCGCUAUAAGUUUUAUGGCAAACAGUUGGUAUUGUUAACUUUUUAUGGUCAUCAAAGUACAUAAAAGUCCUAUUAAUCCCCUUAUUCUUCUACUUCCCCUUAACUGGUAUACACCAAAAAGAAAAUCUUUACUUUCCUUGUUUUAUCGUUAUAAAAUAAUAAAAGUAUUUUGCUAGUACGGAAACUG